CAAUAGGUGAUUAAAGUUAAAGCAAGGGCCAAGGGCAGUGCAUUGUAUGUAUCUCCGUGACAUGAGUGGUGACUAAUUUAUUCGAGUGUAUAUCCUCCACCAGUCCACCUUUACUCCUUUAUAUUAUAUGGCCUUCUUCCUCUCCUACUCCACCCCCAUUGCUCAUCACAAGAUAUGUACAGUAUUCAGUUCGAAACAAGGUAGCAGACACGCAUUUGACCAAUUUGGCAGUUUGACUCUCAAGGCAAUGCCAGAGGAGAUGGCCUUAAUCGUCACAAAUGGGUCCAGUAACAAUAAGAUCCCGCAUGUUCUGACCAUGGCUGGCUCUGAUUCAGGAGCUGGUGCAGGAAUACAAGCCGAUCUUAAAACUUGCGCUGCACGUGGAGUGUUUUGUUCUACUGUGAUCACCGCUGUUACUGCACAGAAUACCCUUGGGGUCCAGGAUGUGAGCGUUCUUCCAGAGGAAUCUGUUGCAGCACAGUUGAAGUCCGUACUGUCAGAUAUGCAUGUUGAUGUUGUGAAAACCGGCAUGCUUCCAUCAACAGCCAUGGUGAAGAUACUUCAUGAUAGUUUAAAACAGUUUCCAGUUCAAGCUUUAGUGGUUGAUCCUGUCAUGGUGUCUACUAGCGGACAUGUGCUUGCUGGUUCUUCAAUACUUGAUACGUUUAGGCAAGAUCUUCUUCCUAUGGCUGACAUUGUGACCCCGAAUAUAAAAGAGGCUUCUGUUUUACUUGGUGGCGUGCAGUUAGAAACAGUUACCGACAUGCGCUCUGCAGCAAAAUCUUUACAUGAUAUGGGACCACGGAAUGUUCUAGUCAAAGGUGGCGAUCUCCCUUCUUCCUCAGAUGCCGUAGACAUUUUCUUUGAUGGUAAAGAUUUUUAUGAGUUACGUUCACCACGGAUACAGACUAGAAACACUCAUGGAACGGGUUGCACCAUGGCAUCAUGUAUAGCGGCUGAGCUGGCAAAGGGUUCUUCAAUGUUGUCAGCUGUUAAGGUAGCAAAACGAUAUGUCGAGACUGCACUGGAGUAUGGAAAAGGCAUUAAUAUUGGCAACGGGCCUCAGGGUCCUUUUGAUCACAUGUUUAAGCUUAAGAGGAAAAAUUCAAGCAAGUUGCGACUGUUUGAACCGAGUGAUCUCUUCUUAUACGCUGUCACAGAUUCAGGGAUGAAUAAAAAAUGGGGUCAUUCCAUUACAGAUGCGGUUAAAGCCGCCAUUGAAGGAGGUGCCACCAUUGUGCAGCUAAGGGAAAAAGAUGCUGAAACAGGAGAGUUUCUAGAAGCAGCCAAAUCAUGUCUUGAAAUUUGUCGUGCUCACAACAUCCCCCUACUGAUAAACGACAGAGUCGAUAUUGCACUAGCGUGUGAUGCUGACGGGGUCCACGUUGGUCAAUCAGACAUGCCGGUCAACACAGUCCGGGCCCUUCUCGGACCUGAAAAAAUCAUCGGUGUAUCAUGCAAGACACCAGAACAUGCUCUAAAAGCAUGGGCGGAUGGUGCUGAUUACAUAGGGUCAGGUGGCGUAUUUCCAACCAACACAAAAGCAAAUAACCGCACCAUUGGUUUGGAUGGUUUGAAAACUGUUUGUUUGGCUUCAAAGCUACCUGUGGUGGCUAUUGGCGGCAUAAAUCUUUCAAAUGCGAGAUCUGUGAUGGAACUUGGGGUGGUGAAUCUUGAAGGAGUGGCGGUCGUUUCUGCAUUGUUUGAUCGGGAGUGUGUUGCGGUGGAGACAAGGAAACUGCAUGAUUUGUUGACGGAAACUGUUGCGAAUGUAGGGUCUGCUGUAACAGAGGAAGUAUGAAUUUUGAUGAAUAUUUGUGUUCUGGUGGACGUGCAAAUGAAGAAUAAGGGUGUUUGAAUGUGUGUUUUGAAAGUGAUUAUGUGAUAAUGAAUAGUUAUAAUUACAUCAUUGGUUGGAAUAAAGACAUGGCAAAACGGUAGUGUUUGAAGUGUAGUUUGUUGUUUAAUAAAUUGGACGAUGGUUCACAAUC